UUUUUUUUGUGAAGUCGGCAACAUUGUUAUGUAGUUACUUUCCGUCGAUACACACCGGAACGAUGCAGAAAUCUGGGAGUCAAACCUACACUCCAAUACAGACUCCCGGUGUUGUCACUCAUCUGUGCGCAACUGCGCGUGCAACCGGAGAGAGUGAAGCGCGAGGAUCAGCUGUCAUCUUGCUGUCAGCAGGUUCAGCUAAACUUGUGUUUUCCAUGUCAAGGUUCGUGACAAAUCGGUGUUUUGCCAGAUCUCGACCUCGUGUCCGGGAAUACACGUAAAGAUGGCGAAAAAGAGUAGUUCCAAAAAGUCAUUCAAAAGCUUGUUUUCUAAAAGCGAAGCCAAUUUAACCGACCCGGUGGAGAAAGAUGACGGUGGACGUAAAAUGUUUAAACUCUUCAAAUUCAAAAAAAAGAGGAAACCCAAGAAAGAUGAAGAGAAGCAAGUCGUCGCCGGUGCUGCUGAGACCAAUGGAUCUGGUGGUGAUGCCCUGGGGAGGGAUGCUGAGGACUGGCCUGAUGUCAGUCACACCAAGAAGACCAGAUCUCUGACUGCUCCCAGAUCAAAGCACAUUGCCCCCCCUCCCCCUCUGUCACUCACUAUACCUCCCUCUGUCUUUCCGUCUAUCGCUCGCAAACAGGCCAAGGACCUCAGCUACUCAGAGAUGGACCUCCGUGCCAAGCCCAAGAGGUUCGGCACAUUCAGCUUUGGCUUGAAGAGGAGGAAGAAAAAGAGUGACGGGGAUCUCUCCCAGAGCAUCGUGGUCCUCCACGGCCCCGAGCCAGAGGUCAAAGGGCAAGAGGAGGAGGAGCUUCUGAACCUCAGCCUCUGGGACAUCGGCCAAGGCGACACUCUGAACAAGAGGGUAAGGUGCGCUGUGUCUCAGCCUGACCUAAACACUAAGACACUGGUCACCUCUUAUCCUCCUCCCACUGUCCCCAAGAAAUCGCAGGCCCAGGAGCCACCGAUGGACAGUCCUAAGACUGCCACCAACCAACCAAAUUCCCAGAUGGAUACCAUUAUUCCUCUUGAAGUGGGCCGGGCUACAAGAAAAGUUCCUUUAGCUAUGCCUGAGGUGGAGUGGAACGAGAUCUCACAGGAAGAGGAGAGCACGGAUGUUCAGUGUGACAACCCGUAUGCCACAAUAGACCAUACUGACACAGCUUCUCCAAUGGAUGUUGAUAGCUUUAACCCAAGUCCUCCACCUUUCCCACCCAACCCACCUCCACCGUCCUAUCCAUCUAGCCCACCCCCCUGCUACCCUUUGAGCCCAGCUAUAUGCUUUUCCCCAUUUAGCUCUCCUCCUGCUACAGUUUACACCUCAAACGAGAGUGAUGAAAUGUCCCCCUUACCCAGCGCUGACCCUGUGAAUAGUGGUAUUUUUCAUCCUGUCCUUGCUGUGACUGAACUCUCACUUAGCAAAACUGAGGCCUCUUAUGUUACUCUCUCCAUUGGACAACCUGUUGUUGUUGAAAAUAUCACCACUGUUACCCCUAAUACAGAUCCCUCUCCCAUUGCCUUUGACCCCAAUAUAGAAGCCACUGUUACUGAAACAGACACAACUGACGUUAAAACCGAGACCUUUCCUCUGAACCCUGAUUCUUUGGCUGACAACACUGAGACACCUAUUCUCAACACCGUCACCUCUGCUCUUAUCACCGUCAACUCUGUUACUGACAUGGACACCAACCUAACCGUAAUAAAUGAUGAAACUAACCCACACCUGUCCUUGGAUAGCCCCUUUGACUCACCAAGUCCCAUUUUACCCGAAUCAGUUAAACAGGAGUCUAAAACUGCCAUUGAUCACACUGAAGCUAGUGUCGGUGACCCCACCCAAUCAUUACAGUCUGCCACUGACGCCCCUGUCCCCGACAUGGAUAUACCUGCCACUGCAGUCUCCAAAAUGGAUACCAGCCACCCUGACACAGACACCACUGCUAAUACUAACCUCACUGUUACUGAUGCCGACUCUCAACCAGUAUUCGAAGAUCUUUACGACUCUCUUUUUCCUGGAAUGUUCCCCUCACCUCACAUUUCUGGCCACACCGCAUCUGCUCUCAGCACUUACACUUCUGGCGUUGUGACAUCGGGCGUGAUGAUGGACACUCGAUGCACACCUAAUAUAGACGCUCCUUUUGAGAACAAGCUUCCCCCUGUUCCUCAAACAGACACUGCCCACCCUAGCACAGAUGUCUCCCUCGCUGAGCCUGAGGCCUUUGCGCCUCUGUGCUUUGAGCCUACACUCCCCACGAAUGAGCCAAUGGAAAUGGAUGACUUAGAGCCUGAGCGUCCCACCUCCGACUCACCUCUCCCAAAUACCGAUAUCGCUGUCCCUGGUACUGGCUCUAGUGACACAUCUGACUCUCUCUAUGACUUUAUUUUCCCUGAACUUUUUCCUUCUGACCAGGUGUCCACCAUUUCUGAACCCGACCUUGAUAAACCAGUCUAUGUUGCGGACACCGAUUCUGUUCCGCUUCGACCAGAUUGCAACACUCGACCAAAACUUGUUGAUCAGUCAGAGCCUUUGACCGCAGCUCUUCCAGUUGACCUUGAUACGGGGGACACUGAAAACGCAGAUCUCGUCCUUCAUCAUUCUGAUAUGAACAUAGACAACUCUGAUCACAUUCUCUCGGACAAUGUCACCCUCGUUUCUGACAUUCUUAGCGCUAGCCAUCCAAGCACUAAGAAUUCCAGUACUCUUGAAACCACCAUCUCCAUUGAUGCGUCCGUCGCCUCAACAAUAGCAGAGACAAUGGCUACUGAGACAGGUCAGGAAGCAGAAGUGCAGAUUAUGGAAGAGGAAAAUGGACAGAUUGAGCAGAAUAUUAUGUCCUAUGAUGUAGACGUUGUCAGGGAAAGAUCAAAUGAUAUGUCCACCAUGGCUACUGAGAAAGUUCAAGAUGCAGAGGUGGAGGUAAUGGAAGAGGCCAACGGCAUAGGUUCUAAUAGACAGAUUAAGGAACAUAUGCCCUGUGAUGCAGACGUUAACAGGGCAAGCUCACAGUGUGUGAUCAUACCAGAGAACAGCAAUGCCAUGGAAGUGGCCAUACCAGCGGUCCAUUACAGCAUCCUGGAGGAUUACAUGGAGGAGAGUGGCGUUGAAGAGGAAAUGAAAGGAGAGGAAAUGAAAGGAGAGGAAAUGAAAAGAGCAGGCAAACAACGGAGGAAUGGUCAUGAAACCGUUGAAGCUGGAUGGAGUUUGGGGUCACAGAAAGUAACGGAGGUCAUGUUAGAAACCAAGGAUAGAGGUCAAGAGAAUGAAGUCCACCGAGGGGAGAAGAGACUCAUUGAGUCCCCAGAAGACGGCGAUGCAGAGAGGCUGGUGGAGGAGAGAGGAGCGAGAGAGGUCUCUGCACUGGUGAAAGAAGGUUGGGAGGAUGGGGUGGAACCAGCCCUACCUGUUCAGCAGGUGCACACACUCAUGGAAUGUGAGUCGCCCGCCCCGCCUUCCAUCACAGAGCAGCAUGGAGAGGGGGAGGGGUCAGGGAGUAACCGGAGUGCAGUUACACACGCUUACCUGGUAACAGAGGCCUGCGCUGAUACACAUACACUCAGACAGACCCCAGGCCACAAAGAGCCACAGGAGUCUCACAGCGGCGAGAAUGAACACGCUGCCACCGGCAACAGAGAGAGACAGAACACACUCGCAACACAUAACACACUCGCGCACACCACAGGCCGAGAGGGGAGCAUUUUAGACACACUCACUGCAGAGAAAGCUGACCUAGUCACUUGUACUACCGAGGACACAUCCUCUUUCUCUGAGCAGAAAGCAAAAGUGAACACCACUCGCACACAUGGCGAGAACACAUUCACACUUGACAGAGAAGCGACAGCGACAGACACAGAGUCCAGAACAUACACUGUAAAGAUAGAACAUGAAGGGACACUCUGUACUGAGUGGAUAGACAGUAUUGUCACGCAGGAAACAGACCGAGCCAGUUCAGAGCCAGUGCCAGAGCAGGUGGCAGUGAAUCCUCCUGUCGCACGAGACACAAUCCUCGACAGACUUCGAAAGAGAGCCAACGGUCUUGCCACUGAGGACACAGAGAGACCCGGUGCAGAGCCAGUGCAGGUGGGAGGGACGCUAUCAGUCACUGCAGAUACACUUCUCAACUCACUGAGGAACAGAGUCAAAUUCCUCAGCCAGCCCGAAGGGUCUCUGGAUGCUUCAGCUGUUAACAGUACAGCUUUAGAAGACUCUGAGGACUCUGAUUCAGAAAUUCAGCAGAUAGUGGCUGAUCUAGAGUCAGACAGCGAGAUGAAGUCAUACAGUUCCACUCUCACUCUAAGACCCUCUCCCACCCACAAGGGCAUGGACAAAUCAAAACAGGGCUUCCGCAAAGUUUCCCUGGUCACUGACAAUGACACCACAGACCACACUAAAGACAGUGUGGACUACAGAGAAAGCCCGAUCAACGAACCGAAUAGAACUGAAAGUGACCUAGGUCCAGUCGCACCAGAAUACAAAUGGAGGAACCUGUACGAGGGGGUGCAAACUACUUUCGAACCCAAAGGGGAGACCUGGAGCUCUGACUCUCAGUCAGAUGAGUCAAGAGUGUCCACAUACGAUGGACACUACUCUUCCCUCUCCCCCUCCCUCUCUGUGUACACACGACAACUCACCUCUCUCGGGCCGCCAUUCCAAGAACCUGGCUUGUCCUCCCUCUCCUCAGAGACACCCCGUUCCCCUGGCAACGGACGCUGGUUGAGUGACAGGAGCGAAGUUCAGUUGACCCGGGAGAGUAGCGAGCCAGAGGCAGGAACAGGCAGGGGGAGUAGGAGGGUGUGGGAGGAGGAGCUAGCCACUGCACCUGCAGGACAGAGAGAGAGAGAGGUAGAGCAAGAGGGGAGGGAGGGAGAGUCCAUGGCAAGGAAGAUAAAGUCAGGCUGUGACUUGCAAUCACUCCCAGUCUCAAACUUCUCCUCGGCGGGUCAGACCAUUGACAACGUGGACUACAGCAGAGGCAGCAGGGACUCCUACUCCGGACAGUACAAGGCCACCCGCGUGGAUCUGCUCCCUUCCCCCUCCUCCUCGGACCCUUCCCCCUCUUCCUCUCCCGUGACCUCUGAGCCGGGCUCCCCCUAUCACUGCGACAUAGAGAGCCUGGUGGACACCCUGAAGAGCAUGAACCCUAACCUUCCCCAGAGGCAGAGGAGGCUGCGUGGGACCACUGCCCCCUCCAUCUCCUCCCUGCCCUCCAUCGAGGAGGACACCCCCAGCUCCAGCCCCACCAAUACCAAAUCUCCCCAGGUGCCCCCUGGGUCUCUGCUGGAGGGCCCCAACAGCCGCUACAACCUGCCCGCAGACCUUGGCCUCAACUGGAGUGCCACCAAGGAGAUGCAUUCCCCUCUGGAGUUGAUGAAGCUCCAACAGCAACAGCAGCAGGCUGGAGACCACCAUUGGAACCGUGGACACCUCAACCUCCCACUCCGAGCCUCAGCUCUUAGCAGCAUCGUCAUGAGGAAGAGCUCCUUGGGCAGUGACUCUUCCCCAGAGAACUCGCCGUCCCCCCUGCUCAACGGAGGGAGCAGCAACCAGUCUCCAAAUCCCUCGCGCCUGGACAGAUCCCUCCUCUACUCUAGCUAUCGUUCAGCAUCGAUUGAUCAACCACAGGAGAACGGCAAGGCCCAUAGCCCAGGCCAGCGGCCCUCUCUGUUCCUUACGGGCUCCCUACCGGACAUAGGGCCUAACCAGGACCACAUGAGCUCAGGGCCUGGUAUGGGCAUGGCUGAUGUGUCUGGGAGCAGACUUGGAUUCAAAUCUGGAGUUGGAACCCAAACUGGAACAGGAACUGAUCCUUCAACCCACUUCCGCUACGAGCGUUUCUCCUCCCGGAUGUCUGACUCCUUAACCGGAAACAACACAGACACCAACUGUCGAAUGAUCAGGCCCCCUCCCCUCCCUAGCUUCACCUCUACCCGAGAAGGCCUUCUCAGUCCCACAAGCUCACCUCUGGACAUCUACAGGUCUUUCGCCAAUGCUAAUGAGUCCGCAUUAAAGCUCAGCCCGGGGCUGGGUGGUAUGGGUUCCAAUGGCAACAUGGCCUCUGUGGGCUCUAUUGGUCUGGGUCUGCAGAGGAAUUUCAGUAACGAAGGCCUGAACUCACCACUGUUCAACAUGGGAUCCCCCCAUGGAGGGUCCCCCGAUGGAGGAUCUCACUUCAGUCCAGAGGCUGAGAAGAACCUGGUGCCCAAGUACAGGGCUUUCCCUGACGCCUAUCUCACCAAGGAGAAAGAACAUGGGAAGCUCAACCCUCGACCAGGAAAGAUGUUCAUCUUUGACCGGCCAGGGAUGUGUGGCCAGAGGAUGGAGGUGUGGAGUGAUGUAGUUGAUGCCACACCCUGGCAACUACAGGAAACCAUCUCUAUCAGGGUUGUCAGAGGAGGCUGGGUCUUGUACGAGAAGCCCAACUUCAAAGGGGAGAAGCUCGCUCUGGACGAGGGUGACAUAGAGCUCACCUACCCCUUCGACCCCCCUGAGGAGGUAGAGGGACAACAACCGCAGAAUGGAGAGGACAGCCAGAAGGAGGGGGGAGAAGAAGAAGUGGUGGCGGUCAAGCCGGCCAGGAGGUUCAUCAUAGGAUCAGUACGAAGGGUAGUCAGGGACUACAGUGUGCCAGAGAUCAGUCUGUUCCCCGAGGAGAAUGCCGAGGGGAAGAAGGUGACCUUCAGAGACACGUCAGAGGACGCCAGGAUAUUCGGCUUCCCCAUCAAAGCCAACUCCAUCAUCAUCAACGCUGGACUAUGGCUGGUAUAUGCUCAGCCUUUCUUCCAGGGCAUACCACGUGUUCUGGAGGUGGGGGGGUUCCCCAACCCUGCAGCCUGGGGUGUGGAACAACCUUAUGUCGGCUCCGUGCACCCUCUCAAAAUCGGUGAACCAAGAGUGGAGAAACCUGGUGAGCCCAAGCUGGUGCUCUAUGAAAAGCCCUACUUCACUGGGAAGACGAGGACAAUCUACACCAACAUGAGAGACUUCAUGACCAGGAAGGAUAGACUGCAGACUGCCUUCAUAUAUAGCCCUGGAUCCAUCAAAGUACAGGGAGGGUGCUGGGUGGGCUAUGAGAAGGAGGGUUUCCGAGGCCAUCAGUAUAUGUUGGAGGAGGGAGACUACCAUGACUGGAGGGUCUGGGGAGGCUGCGAUGCCGAGCUGCGCUCUGUCAGAGUCAUUCGAGCGGACCUGACCGAGCCCAUGUUGGUGUUGUAUGAACAGCCCGACGUGGAGCAGGACAACACCUUUGAGGUAACCGAGGCCCUUCCUGACGUGGAGCAGGACAACACCUUUGAGGUGACCGAGGCCAUUCCCGACGUGGAGCUGUUUGGCUUCCGCACCACCACGCGCUCCAUCCACGUCGUCAGUGGAGCAUGGAUCGCCUACUCUCACGUGGACUUCUCUGGUGACCAGUAUAUCCUGGAGAAAGGUUUCUACAGUAACCCUGCUGACUGGGGCUCUUCAGACAACCGCAUCUGCUCUGUCCAGCCCAUCUUACAGGCUCCAAGUGAAAACCAGGGCAGCGUCAGAAGUGAGGUGAUGUUGUACACAGAGCCAGAUUUCGAGGGGGAAUGCCAUGUGUGUGACAAGAACCAGGAGUCCCUCUCUGACAAGCUCAUCGCCAAGUCCUGCAGAGUGGUGGGGGGAAGUUGGGUGGUGUACGAGGGCCGUGAGUAUUCAGGGAACCUGUACAUCCUGUCAGAAGGAGACUACCCCAACUUCACCAGCAUGGGCUGUCCUCCGAACUGUGUCAUACGCUCGCUGAAGUGUAUCCCGCUGGUGUUCUCAGUGCCCUCUGUCUCGCUGUUUGGUCUGGAGUGUUUGGAGGGCAGGGAGAUCACAGUGGACACAGAGGUGGUCAAUAUGCUGGAGGAGGGCUACAACAACCAUCUACUCUCUGUCAGAGUCAACCGAGGCUGCUGGGUGAUGUGUGAGCACAGUAACUACAGGGGGCGACAGUUCCUAUUAGAACCCGUUGAAAUCACCAACUGGCCCAAAUUCAGUCAGCUUCUCACCAUUGGCUCAAUGUACCCAGUACGGCAGAGGCGGCACUUCUUCCGCAUCAAAAGCAAAGAGCGAGGUCACUUCCUGUCCAUCCAGGGUGGCGUAGAGGAAAUGAAGUCAGGACGUGUGGUGGUGACCGAGCAGGUGGAGGGCAUGAGCGACAUCUGGUUCUACCAGGAAGGCCUAAUCAAGAACAAGUUGGCUCCUACUAUGAGCCUGCAGGUAAUGGGGAACGUGGAGGCGGGGGCGAAGGUGGUGCUGUGGUCAGAGACCCGGCAGCCUGUCCAGACCUGGUCAGCCCAGAUGAGAGGCACCAUCCCCAGCCUCACCUUCCCUAGCAUGGUGUUGGACAUCAAGGGUGGCAAGCAGUACGACAGAGACCAUGUGGUGAUUUUACCAGAGAGUGAGGAGAGGCCUUGCCAACAGUGGGAGCUGGAGCUGCUGUAACCUUCCAAUAACCUUCCCUCAACCCACACCAUUCACCCGCUCCUCCAAUACAAUACAUUCCAAUAUCGACCAACCCCUCAGAACUCCUGCUCUUCAGUCUGUGGAGACGGACAUUAGGAAGCACCGCAGACUGAACCUUGUGUCAUCAUGGUCAGGCACUCUCAAGAGGAUCCCAGAACAUCUUCAUUACAGUUAAAGGGUUUCUUUCAUUCUGUGAAGAAUCAUAUGAGGGUUAUACUUUUUUGCCUGAAUGUGAGGACAGCAGCAUACGAAUGACUCAUCUAACAACCAGUGCCUUUGGAUGUGGUAAACUGGAGAGGAUGGGAAGGGUAGUGCUUCUUUUCCCCUCCCUUAAAUGUGUGUAUUGAGAUGAUUCUAUUUACAGACAUUCCACCCUCUCAGAUUCUUCCUUGACUUCGAUGGUAUGACCCGGCUUAGCACACACAGUAGUGGACAGAACGAUUCACUUGAACCCACUAAUGAUUAUUGGGAAGGUCAAGUUCCAUCUACCAUAUGAUACAUCAUCUGUGGCUACAAGCAGUGUAUUUAAGAGGGUUUCAUAAAGGAAGCCAAAUCUAUGCACAUUCUUUUCUGAAUUGGCUUAGUUCAACAUUUUGUUUGACUAUGUAAUUUACUACCUUUUGGGAAACCAUUGGAUGGGAAGUGUGUUCUUUAGGCAGUAUAAUACAGACGAUAAGGUAUGAUGCAGUGCAAUGACUCUGUGGGCUUUUAUGCAGUUCCUCUCUCAUGCUACAGUGUGCUCUUCUAUUUCACUAUGGUCUAUCUAUUUUCAUAGAUAUGAAUCAUACAUUGCCAAACACUGUCAAGAUAGAGGUUACUUUCUUAUUUUUUUUAAAAUAUUUAACACCAAAUGCCUUGCACCUCAAUGCAUUAUUCUUUGAUACCAAAAAUAGAAUGUGAAAAGAAAUGAGUGGUUUUAAAAUAUUAAAUAAAACUAUCAAAAAUGAAACUGUUGUUCAAAUGUCUUGUUAAUCUAAAAUGUGUCUGGUCUUGUCUUCAAUUGUAGAUAAGUUACUGUUGUGUAUUCAUUGGAGAAAGACAUUCUGGGACAUGGGCUUUCACAUGUUAUUAUAAUGCAGAGAGGUGAAAAUUGAGGAGUGGUACUGUCUGACUAUAAUCUAGAUUGGCCAUCAGGAUUCACACAGGCAUAAUCUAGAAACACUGAGAAAGCUGUCCCGAACACCAUGGUGAUGUGUGUACAGGAUACAGGAAUGUUAAGAGUGAGACAAGACAACUGAUAGUUUAGUGUGGCCUACUCUGUACAGAACAUACUAUGCGUAUGUAGAUACAAGUAGCUCAAAGUUAAAUACAGUAUCAGUCACAAGUCUGGACACACCUACUCAUUCAAGGGUUUUUCUUUAUUUAUACAUGGUAGAAUAAUAGUGAAGACAUCAAAACUAUGAAAUGACACAUAUGGAAUCAUGUAGUAACCAAAAAUUGUUGAACAAAUCAAAAUAUAUUUUAUAUUUGAGAUUCUUCAAAUAGCCACCCUUUGCUCUGAUGACAGCUUUGCACACUAUUGGCAUUCUCUCAACCAGUUUCACCUAGAAUUGUCACGCCCUGGUCGAAGUAUGUAUGUUUGUCUUCAUUUAUUUGGUCAGGCCAGGGUGUGACAUGGAUUUAUUUUGUGGUGUGUUUUUGUAUUGGGGUUUUAGUAGGUAUUGGGAUUGUGGCUGAGUAGGGUUGUCUAGGAAAGUCUAUGGUUGCCUUGAGGCGGUUCUUAAUUAGAGGCAGGUGAUUUUCUUUGUCUCUGAUUGGGAACCAUAUUUAGGCAGCCAUAUUCUGUGUUUCGUGGGUGAUUGUUCCUGUCUUUGUGUUUGCACCAGAUAGGGCUGUUUCGGUUUUCAUUAUUUCAUUUAAUUAUUUUUGUAGUUUCUGCAUGUAUAGUUUUUCCUUCAUUAAAAUAUAUCAUGAAUCAUCA